CCUCUCAAACGCGCGAAUCCAUCUACCUACCUUAGGUACCUUAACCAACCGCUUCGAUUAGCGCAAGUUUAAGUUGCGAUAGCGUUCUAGCACUUAAGUUAAGAUGUGUCUAAUAUUCACCUGCGGCGAGCAUACCUUCAGGAAAGAGGUAGAAGGCUACGAGGGUGUUGUCUGCCAAUGCCAUAACUGCGGCAACUACGCCGGACAUAUCAUCAAAAGCAAUCCUUGGUUCACCUUUUGCUUCGUGCCCGUCAUCCCGCUCUCUAUCCAUGGCUACCAGGACGUCGUCUGCCAGAUCUGCAACUUCGCGCAGCCGUUAGAACACCGACCCGACGCUCAGGCGAUGCAACGUGGCGGGGGUGGGAAUAUCGUUCCGAUGCAGAAUCAACCGCCGCCGCAACAAGGACCUCCGCAACAAGGGCCACCUCCGGGAUGGGGUCAAGGACCACCUGGGGGUCAAGCGCCUAUGAGAUACGGAUAGAAACGCAAGAGAUUAGCCGUUAGUUUCACGAUUUAAGAUAGUAAGAGUUGGGUGUCACGACAGCUGAGUACACGAUACGAAACGGCGUAGCGGUUGCACCAUAUUGCGCAGCAUCAGGGUUGGAGUUUAAGGAUCCGCGUAUCAUAGGAUAUCCCGCUUGGGGCGUUUUGACAUUACUUGUGGAUGGAACGAUG